CUGGCAGGCGAGGACUCCCCGCAGCCAAUCACAGCCCCGCGUUUUAACCAGCUUGAUAAAGUUUGCUUUUUCCGCCGUUUGACAGAAGUUCAAAGAGCUAAACACGCAGAUUGACUUCUUCUUCUUCUUCUGCGGGAACUUGAACAUGCCGUUAAUCGAGUCAGAUGCCGCUUCCUCCAACGCUUAUCGACUAAAAGUCAGAGCCGCUGUGGAGAGGAGCCCGCUGUGAGUGAAGAAGAUGUAUCUGCUGCGCUUUUCCAUCGCUGUAAGCUUCGGCCUGCUUUGGUAUUUUUCAGACUGCGGUCGCACAGUAACGCAGUACGUUAUUUGUUUCCUGUUUUGCGUUUCAACGCCGCUGUUUUUUGGAAACAACGGGAGAGAGAGCGGCACACAAACUGAUGAAGAGAGUAAAGAACAUCCGCUUCAGGAAUCUGUCGAUGAAGAGUCAUGUGAACUGAUUGAUGGGGGGUCCCUGGAGCAGAACAUAACGCUGACUUCUCCAUGUCCACAUGUGAAGAAGUCCCUUCAACGAGUGUUCGAGUGCGCCUACGCUCAGCUGGUUCUGCCUUGGUACGGCGUCCCUGAGCCCUGCGAGCAGCAGCCUCUGCACAAGGUGCUCAGCAGGGAUUUCGACUUUGUAAUCGACCGCAUCAUCGACAGAGCCAGGGACUUUGAUGUUUGCCAGGCCGUUGUGGGCUCCAUUAAGAUUUUGACGCAGCACUUGCAUAAUGCAAAGCAGUCUGACCGAGACCCCUUGUUCAGCUCCGCUGCUCUGGAGAUGGCGGUUCUCAGAGAGCUUUCUGACGCUCUGGUGCGCAACCUUUUCCCAAGAUCUUUCUGGGGGCAUAAAACCAACCAUUGUGCCUUAAAUGAGAUCAUUGCCUUAAAGGGUCUGGGCCUUAUGGUGAAUUGGCUGUCUGACCCAGACAACCUGAACCAGCUGGUGGUGAAUCAGCUCGACAUUGUAGCCCUGAAAAGCUUUGCAGAGGAGCUGCAGGCAUCUGACCCAGAUCGAGUCUCUGUUGCUUCGCAGGAGGGCGAGGGCGACGAGGAAGGCAGUGAAGUGAACUUUGCAGGAGCAGAGAUUUCAGCCGGCUCUGGAAUCGCAUUAAAAAGGAGAGGUCAUAAGUUAAGAGAAGGAUGGACCAAAUUUGUUGACAAAAUGAAGUCAAAAAGGGCCAAGAAGAAGAAGAUAAAAAAGAUGGAGCAAGAGCUGGUUAUGAGGCUGAUGGCGAUCCAGGGAGACGGAGCCGACGAGGUCGAUGCCAGCAGCAAGGAGGGCUCGCUCUCCAGCCAGCAGGAUUCUGAAAGGGAAGACAGCGAUCUGGACGACUAUCUUGCAAGCGUCCAGGAGGACAUGAUGGAAUUCAAACUUUCUUAUGAGAUGUGGCGCGUGGGCUGCUGGGCUGUCAGCAUCCCUCAUGCUGACUGGGAGGACAACGAGCUAAUCUUUACGGUCCAUGUGGAGGAAAAGGACAGCCCAGAGAAUUUACAGUGGGAUAUUAAGAAGACUUACAUGGAUGUUGUUCAUUUCCGCAACAGAUGGCAGGACUCGACCAGCCUGCCCACCAUUUUUCCAUUAGAAGAAUCUGAGGUCAACAGAAAGGUUAAAGAAGAAGCCACUGCAUCAGUUGAGCGUUUCCUGCAGGACUUGGUUUCUGACGUUAUGAUCGGCCACACUCAGCCGGUUUUUCAGUUCCUGUGUCCACUUGACAAACUGCUGAGCGAGGAGGAGCACAGCGGAGGCGUGUGGGGGAUUCUCAGUGGUCUGGCCUACUUCCUCACUCCUGGGCAAGAGGAAGAAGAGAGCUCCAGCCUGCAGACAGAAGUCUCCCAAGAAAGCGAAGUGCCAUCCUCACAACUUGAAUCAUUCCCCCUUUCUGUAGAGCAUCAUUGUAAUUCCACUCCGAUUCAGAACGGCUCUCCGCUCCCAAUGAUUGUCGUCUCCCAGUAUAAUUCCCCUCCCACACAGGCCGGGGAGGCAGAGGUUAACCAGCAGCUCUCUGCUAAUGCUGGCACCUUGCUUGGAAACUGUUUCCAGGAGAAACCAGAAGAGUCUGAUAACACCUUGACCUCUCACUUCAAAAUGAUCAUCAAAGGACUGACCAAAUCCAGGUCACAGGAGUCUCUGUGCUCCGCAAAGGCCAGCGGAGAUGAGGAGCAGUCUGAUGAAGCACAGCAUGCGGGAGCAGAGGAGCUGUCGCAUCUCAGCUGCUGUUCGAAGUCGAAUAAAAAGGAGAGGAUGGGUUUCAGGAUGUCAGGUGGAGCGGGCAAGACGAAAGGGAAGGAGACAAUACAAGGCACUCUGCAGAGAGGGGAGGACCCACGGUGUCAGAGAGGCCAAAUCGACUGGGAGCAGCUGGAGUCAUCCAAAGCCAUAUUUGAUCUGCUGAAAGAAAUAUCAGGAAACUCGAUCCUCAUCAACAUUUUUGACGCCAUAUUGAAACCUGUGAUGCCUAUCUUGAAGAAGAAAUUAAAUUCCUUCCUGAAUAAGUUAAACCCAACAGAGGAGCAGAUGGCUGCCUAUAUCGACGCUCUGUGCAGCAAGCUGUGGCCGGAGAUCCAGCAGGUCGCCGCCCCUCGAACGGACGAGGAGAAGGACGAGACCAGAGAGCGAGCGCACAACCUCAUCAACGCUCGAUAUUCUAACUAUCUGGUUCUGAAGAAGACGGAUGUGGAGUCGGUUUUCAAUCUGUUCCAGAACCGAGAGGAAAACAAAACUCUGAUCUAUACACUCCUUGCCUUCCUGUUGAGGGAAUUUCUGCCCAAAGACAACUCUCUACACUUAAGUGCUAAUGUUCUUCAGAAAGUGACAAACGGGGCCAACUGAUCUGUGAAACCUGCCUUUAUUUUAUGUGUGACCACUUUUUAAAUAUUGAAGAUAUUUAUAAUUGCCUUCUAAUCGUUUGGACCACCUCAGUAUGAAUGUGAAAAAUGCCUUUUUCUGUCAUUAGUUUUACCUCAGACACACUGUGAAUAUUUGUUUUUGUCAAUGAUCUUCUCAUCACAUUCAUGUGUUGAUGCUGAACUCGACUGAAAUCAGGAAUUAUAUCUGGGAGUCAGAAUAUUACUGAUGAUCUCAGGAAGGAAGAAGUGACCCUUAUUUCUGGGUACAGAUGUCACUUCAUACAUUCUGUUUUCCAAAAUGAUUUUCGUCACUUAAAGCACUUCAUAUGUUAAAGGUGUUUGUUUACCUAAAGGGUUCUUCUUCUGUUUUUGUUUUUCUGUUUUGUCUUGUGAAAAUAUAAAAGCUCAGAUUUUCUCAUUGCACACAAUUUGUCAAAACGGUCAGUUCCUCGCACAUAGCUUGAAGUAAAUGUGUGGAACUUGAAAAUGUAUUCCAAAUAAAAUAUGUAAUAUCA